UUUGCCAGCUCUUAUUCUCUGGCUUUACUUCCACAGUGUUCUGCCCAUUUAUUAUUUCUUCAAACCAACCAAAGGAUCAAUGAAUCUCUCUCUCUCCAUUCACACUCCCUCUCAAUCUCUCUCUAUAUAAAUCCCAAAAGGCCAAAACCCCUUCGUCGAAAUCUCCAUUGAAACUCUCGGUUUCAGCCCUUAAAUCCCGAAGCCCGAAAUGGCGAAAGUCUUCGAUCUUUCCCUGAUUCUGUUUGUUCUAUGUCUGUCUACCACUGCAUCAAUCUCCAUGGCCAGGAAGCUCGAGGAGUCGACAGAGGACAUCGAGUUCGUACGAACUUCUUGUGAAGCGGCUUCAUAUCCCGACCUGUGCUUCCAGUCUCUUUCUUCAUACGCGAGCGAGAUCAAGAAACGGCCACGUCAGCUGACCGAGACCGCACUGGCGGUGAGCCUCGACCGAGCAAGAUCGGCCAAAGUCUACAUCUCCGAACUGACUGACUACAAGGGGAUCACGAAGAGACAGCAUGGGGCUGUCUCAGACUGUGCCGAAGAGAUGGGUGACACAGUCGAUAGGUUGAACAAGUCGCUUAAAGAGCUGAAGCAUCUGGGCGAGGAAGGACAGAGCGAUCAAGACUUCUGGUUCUGCCUCAGCAAUGUCCAGACGUGGACAAGUGCCGCUCUUACAGAUGAGAACACUUGUCUUGAUGGGUUCGGAGGGAAAGCCAUGGAAGGGGAGCUGAAAAGCUCGGUCAAGACGCAUAUUGUCCGCGUCGCUCAGGAGACGAGCAAUGCUUUGGCUCUGAUCAACGAGUUUGGCUCUAAGCAUUGAAAAACCUUUUCUUGAAAUCCCGGCUGGGUUUUGGAUCUUCUUGAGAUUUUGUGUGUGACUUCUCCAUGGCUUCUGGUUUUGAUUCUCGUCAUGUUGUGUUGUAUCCACAUCAGUUCAUGAAUGGUGAUAUUGUAAUAUAGAAGCAUGGCGAAUCGCAGAUAUUUCACUGUAUUUAAAUUUUAUUAAAGAAAGAAAAUAUUAUAUCAA